AUGAGUCCUCUGGGUCUAGGGCCAGCAUCUUUCCAGCCCCCAGUGUUUCAACCCGGUCAGAGUAUCGCCCAGUAUGAUUACACAAUGAUCGAUCCAGGUCCAUCCCCAAUGCUUACGAAUGCUUUACCAAACCCUCAAAUGAUAGGUGCUCCCUACCCCCCUCAUCUUCCUUCCUCCAUCCCUUACCCCACCAAUAUGAACUCUUUACCUUUACAGAGGCCAUCCUCCCCACAAACACAGUAUGAUGUCACAUCACCUUUUCAGGGACAUAUGCUCCAGAACCCUUACAUUCAGGAUGCCAACAUGACCUCACCUUUACAGAGAAGCCCCUCCCCCAUACCUGGUUGGCAAGGAGAGGUAUAUGCUAAUGAGCAGGUGAGCCAGGAAGUGGGCCCAUAUGCCACUCCUGGUCUAUCUAAUGCUUUAAUGCAGAACUCCCGCCUGCGCAGUGCCUCCUACGCAUCUCCUCUACAACGCAAUGCCAACCUUUAUACAACAGUCCUAUCACCUCCACCUGUCCCCUCCAACCCUCACUUGUCAUCGGCUAUGCUUAACUCCCAGCUCCGUAAUGCUUCAUAUGUUUCUCCCCUCCAUGGACACAUCUCGCCCAUGUCUCCUGCCCCUCCUCCCGCCACACCUCAACAAGGACCAAUUAGAGGAACCUCCUCAUUUCUCUCUGGUGGAUUGCGGACCUCCCAAAUCCAGGGGUCAAUGUUAAGGCUACCAGGUGGCACUUUUGCAAUGUCCAGAGGCCCUGUGGAGCCUCAUGUUACCACUGAUGGUGGAGUUGGUGUCACUGGUGGUGGGAUGAUAUCACCCUCUAUGCUUUCAAAUGCCCUACAAAACCCAAGUCUACGCCAGGCCACCUAUCGGCUACCUGAUGGUUCCUUGAUCACCAGAACUGAAGUGGCUGAACCAUCUGCAAGCCAACUUCCCCACUCAUCACCGAUGCUAUCCUCUGCCUUGCUCAAUCCUAGUUUGCGACAAGCAACAUAUCGUUUGCCUGAUGGCACUCUUGUAACCCGGACCGAGGCUCCACCUGCACCCUCCCCUUCCUCGCCUAUGCUUUCCUCUGCACUGUUGAACCCCAACGUACGUAAAGCCACAUAUAGGCUGCCAGAUGGAACUUUGAUUACAAGAAAUGAGCCAGCACCUGAGCCUGUCGCCGCUUCCUCCUCUGUGCUCUCCUCUGCUCUUCUGAACGCUAAUGUUCGUAAGGCCUCUUACCGAUUACCAGAUGGGUCGUUUCUCUCACAGCCAAGAGAGGAGACGCAGCAGGCUGAGAGUGCACUUUCAUCCCCAGGUCUAUCAAGUGCCCUGAUGAAUGCUAACCUGCGCAAGGCAAAGUUUCAACUCCCAGAUGGAUCGUCAUUGUUUUCACGGAAUCAAGCCCAAGCUGCCCCUGCUGCUCCCUCUGGUCCUCUCCUUUCUGGUGCCAUGCUAACCUCAAAUCUUCGUGGUGCCUCCUACAAACUCCCAAGCUCAUCCCUAUUGAGGCAGCCUGGUUCUGCUGAGACCACAGAGUCACGCUCUCUUGACCUUUCUAAUGCUCUCCGCAACAAGAACCUCCGUUCUGCCUCCUACCGUUUGCCAGAUGGAACUCUGAUGACCCGGCCUCCGCCUGCACCUGCACCCCGAACCCUUGACCUGUCAAAUGCUUUAUCAAAAAACCCAAACCUUCGUGAUGCAAAGUACCGUCUCCCCAAUAGUAAUGUCCUGAUGAGGCCAGGUGCCCCUAGUGCACCAGAACCACGCUCACUGAAUCUCUCCGGCGCUCUCCAGAACGCUCAACUACGGGGGGCCUCUUUCCGCCUACCCUCUUAUGCCGUUGUGUCACCCCAGGUCCAGGGAGCUGGCCCUGAUCAGCACUGGGCACAGGGACCUGGAGUUGAUGGCUAUGGACUGCAGCAAGAUGGGGAUGUUUGGGGUGCAGAGAGGGUUCUACCUCAUGGGACAGUGCAGAACCUCAAUAAGUGGUCCAUGUAUAGAGAUGGAGAGCUGCUGGAGCCGCAGAGCCUGAUGGGACAGGGACAAGGGGGGCUUGAACCAGGGGAGUGGAAUCUCAGCAGGGAGGGGGAACCAAAGGGGCAAUGGUAUGACAAGGUAACUUUUUCAAAACAUGACUCACACUGA